ACUCUAUCCGGUGUCACGAGCAGUCGUACCGGGAGAGAGUUACCGGUUUCAUUGCUCCUGCCCCCCCCCCCCGGUGGAAGUUAGUAACACGAGGACACCGAGCCCAAGUUCUAACCGAUCGGAAACUUUUUUUUCCACCUCAGAAGACAGUUUGAGGAUAAACAAAAAGAAAAAUGGCAGACAACGACCACGUCUCUUCCACCACUCUAUUCGGUGGGGAGGCGCACCACUACCAGGCCGAGCCGGACGAGCCCGAACAGGACCACUACGACGUGGAUGAUAUUGUGGACUUGGUCGGCGGGGCUCAGGACGCCUUGGACCGCCACUUAGCUGAAGACAGUGAGGCACACGAGUUCACAAAAGAGGAGCCAGUAACGUUACCAGAGCCCGUCCGAGUGUGGGACCCGGUGUCGGUGCCAGAGAUAACGGAACCGUCUCCGGAGCCAGCCGUGCCGGACUCCACGAGCUUCUCUUUCGUUCGCGACGACAUCCCGUCUUUAAUCGUCGAGAGCCCCGAAGAAGUUAUCGCCCCCAAAGUCGAACCUGAGUCUUCGCACAUCGAGCCGGAGCCACAGGCUGAACCAGAGCCAGAACCUAAACCUGCCCCUGAGAACGACGCCCUCCCAGCGGCUGAACCCUGGAAAGCAGCCCCAGCCUCCGCAGAAGCAGCAGCAGCAGAGCAACCUGCGGUGACAGAGGAAGCACCAGCUCCAGCUCCAGCAUCUUAUCUUCAUCAUGGCUGGAACUUAAACAUUGACAGCAGAGAUGUACCUUCUCCUUCUAAAGCUCAGCCUCACCCUCUGAUGCAAUUCCCUAAAGCACUUGGGCAGAAGGGUGAUUCCCCUGCUCCCAUCUCUCCUCUCUCCCCUCUUCACUCCCCCGACUCUCUGGAGGAGCUCUCUCUGACCGAGAGUCCCAACCAGCCCCCUGCUUUGGGAUAUGCUGCAUCCUUUGGCUCCUUCGCCACUGAACCCCCCACUACUCAUUCCAAGGACAUGCCUUGGGUGGGUGAAGAGGGUGACUCUGGACCGCGCCGUAGUAAGAUUAAGGAAGACCUAGCUCCAUUAGCUGGUCCUUACCUGAGUUUAGGGAAAGACCCAGGGCCUCAUAAUCUGAAUGAAGACAGUGGCAUUUCCUUUUCACCUGAGGAGAAACUGAUUAGCUCAGACAGGUCCUCCACUGGCCCCUCCCCUGUGAACCCCCAGAUGAAGGUCCCGGAGUCUCACCUUGCCUCCUCUAACCCCACAGAGCAUUGGGAUUCACCUUUCCUAACAUCUCAAGACAACUCCAAAGUCUCCAUGGAUACAUUCUCCAAGGACACAGCUCCCUUUAGCUCUGCCAGGUAUGAGCCAGACCUGCACAACAACCAGUCUGAGGAAGAUGAUGACCUGAUGUAUGAGGUGAAGAAGAAUAAUAACCCAUUUGAGGGCUAUUCCCCAUUGGCGGACAGUGGUUACUCCCAUUUUGGAGACUCCAAGUCCGAUAACAGGGCCUCAAAAAUGUCAGAGAGUCCCACUCCGGAUCUGGUUCAGUAUGGCCAGACUGGAGAAUCUCAUGACACCCCACCAUCUUUCUUAGAUGUGGGAAACACUUUUGAGACAGGCGAGAUGGCUGCUGACUCUCUCAUGCAGUCAGUGAAUCAGUUCUCAUCUGUUCUGAGAGAUGACGAUGAUGAAGACGAAGAAGAAGAUUCUGUUCUGCCACCGUCGCUUCCAGAAAUUCUGAAGUCUUCCCCCCUCAACCCCGACAAAAUGGACUCCGGCUCCUCAGAGGGAAGUCUGGAGCAGAGUCCCAUCCUUGAACGGAGGAUGAUGGAGUCGCCCAACCCCCCAAUCAAUCUGUCGGCCAACAACCCGUUUGCCUUUGACGCUAAAGUGUCCCUGCUGAAGGAGAUGACUGAGCAGUUGGAAGUGAGAGGGACUGACAAAGGAAAAGUUGAAGACGACACAAGCUUCAGCGCAUUCGAUCUUGUCAAAGAGGCGGAGGAAACCACCCCCACUAAGAUCAUGGAAGAGAAACCAGUCAAGAUUGAGCAGAAAGAUUGGUUUUCAAGCCACGAUUCUCCGACAAUGAUGGAAAAGUUCGAGCCUCUUGACUUCCAGAACAAAAAGACCCCCGCUGAGGAUUCAGAUUCGGAGUCGCCAACAGCAGACUCUCUGUCUCCAGUCCUGGAAGCGAUGGCCAAGAACCCCGCCAGCUUCCAGGUGGAAACCGAGAAGAUGGACCAGAAGAUGGAGAUGGAGGAGCCCGAGAUGGCUGAGGAGGUCUCUGAGCAUGAAGUCUCCUCUGAGGAGUUUGAGUUCAUUGAGCGCCCACCCAGGGGCAUUAUCGACGAGUUUCUUGAGGCUCUGGAUACGUCCAAGUUUGCCUCCUCCAAGCCCCCAGAGAUCCCCAUGGAUGACGAUCUAAGCUUUGGGCAAAAAGAUGUGCCUCCAUUUUCAGCUCCACCCGUGGCCGAAGUAGCCCCACCUCCCAAGGUUGAAGAGGAGGCUCCAAGUCAGAGCUCCUACCGCCUCCUCACCCAGGACUGCCCCCAGAAGAGCAAGACCGAGCUGGAGAAACUCGACAUUCAGCAGCCCCCACCCCAAGCUCCGCUCAUCCACUCCCCCGUCCGCAAACCAGAUGAGGCGGUCGCGAAGAAGAGCACAGAGGGCGGCAAGGUGUUUAAGAUGCCAAACGUGAACAUAAGAGCAGUGGUGGAUCUCCUCUACUGGCGUGAUGUGAAGACCACCGGUGUGGUGUUCGGCGCCGCCCUGCUGCUCCUCCUCUCCCUGACGGUGUGCAGCAUCGUGAGCGUCGGCUCCUACAUCGGCCUCGCUCUGCUCUCGGUCACCAUCUGCUUCCGGAUAUACAAAGGCAUCCUGCAGGCCAUCCAGAAGUCUGAUGACGGGCACCCAUUCAAGCAGUACCUGGACCAGGACGUGGCGCUGUCCGAGGACGUGGUCCACAAAUACAGUAACUUGGCUCUGGCCAAACUCAACAAGAGCAUCUGUGAAUUGAGGCGCCUGUUCCUGGUCGAGGACCUGAUCGACUCCAUCAAGUUUGCCGGGUUGAUGUGGAUCCUGACUUACGUCGGCUCCUUGUUCAACGGGCUCACUAUUCUUAUUCUGGCUCUGAUCGGACUGUUCAGCUGCCCGAUCGUCUAUGAGAAACACCAGGCUCAGAUCGACCACUACUUGUCUCUGGUCAGCAACCAGGUCAAAGACGUCGUUGGGAAGAUCCAGGCGAAGGUCCCCGGCAUGAAGCGCAAAGCCGAGUGAAGUGACGACGAGUCGGCGUUUGGAUUCAUGAAGUCCUGAGAGGAGAGAUGGAUGGGGGAGGGGGGGCUGAUAUGAAGGAGGGGUCUGGCGUGGAUGCAGCCCUUCCAACUUUAUUUGUUAAAAAUAAUAAACACUUUUUUUUUCCAGUUCCUUUUUUUUCCUUUUUCGUGUUUUCUGGAAAAGCUGAAGCAGGUCAGACGUCGUGACCCCGAGGUCGGCUUGAUGGUUCACCUUUAUUUCACGUCAAGUUUUAAAUGUCCAUUUCUUUGAGUUUCUGCAAAUUUACAGAAACACAUUUUUAAUCUAUGAAUAAAAAAAUUAAAAAAACCUCUCCUCACCCAGUGCAUUGUGGGAAGUCGAUUGACUUGGAGUUCGGGGUUACCUCCAUCACUUUUGAGGAAACGAGAGGGAUUUUUUUUCGGCAGCGCUCGUAUGUAUAUCCCGUUUGUUUUUUUGCUAUGAUUACGGAGUUGGAAGUAUUUUGUGAAUUAGCUGUUUAACUUAAAAACACCAUUGUGUCCCUAAAGCUUCGGGCUCGUUUCCUCGGUAACCUGCGGCGUGGUUUUGCCUCGGAUGUGACGGAUUUGUGAACAUCGUUGGGAGGGUGGACGGGGGGUUAGGGGUACUACCAUUUCAACAACAAAAAUGUCAUUGCUUCUGAGUAACUCUAGCUAGAAACGCCUAGAACACCUUUGCCCGACGAAAACAAUACAUUAAUUUCUUCAAAGUCGUUAUUUCCAUGUAAUUUGCAGCUGUCUAGUAAUAAAAACCUCUGGAAGAAAUACGUUUACAUUCAUCCACACCAGUUUAAAUAUUUUAAAAAGUGAAAAGGAAAAAAACAAACGAAAUGGGGAUAAUAAUAAAAAACAUACUGUCUGUGGAACAAAUAUCUUAAUGAAGUUACAACUCGAUGUGACUGGGAAACCUUUCAAGCAUUUCUUUGUUAUGCAAGUAUAAUUGUGAAUGACAAACUUCAUACUUCAAUUGUGAUGAUAAAAAGCUUCCAGCUGGGAGUCGUGUUUGUGGAAUGCAUUGUGAGAUGUAAACAAUUAUCAAUAAAGCUUCUAGACGAAGAAAGA